AUGUCUGAGAAAGACACCAAAGAAGAAAUCCUGAAAGCUUUCAAGCUCUUUGAUAAUGAUGAAACUGGGAAAACAUCAUUCAAAAAUCUGAAGCGUGUGGCAGAGGAGUUAGACGAGAACUUGACUAAUGAAGAGCUGCAGGAAAUGACUGAUGCAGCUGAUCGAGAUGGAGAUGGCGGCGAGGUCAAUGAGCAAGAGUUCCUGCGCAUCAUGAAGAAGACCAGUCUCUAUUAA